CCGAUGGCCUUGAGGGAACGAGGCUCGAGGAUCAAGAUAAUCUUAACUUGAGCCCCUCUUCCCUCUUAUUCAGUACCGAGUCAGAUCUUCGACACUUUCUGGAGGGAUCAGAUCUCGGUCCUGUUCUGUUGACGUCCUUUGAAACAAACUUAUUUCUCACCCGGAGCACUUGAUAUAUAUCGUUACACUGGGACGAAUUAAUUGGUGCCGUGCUUGUCUGGGUUGAAAUCAAGCUUUCUUCGUUCUGCAUAGCUUCAAACCCAUGGCUGAGGUGCCAGCACCACCACACUUUGAUAAUGAUACUCACGGGCCUAAUAUCGCUGUUGACGACGAUCCUGGCUAUGAUUCCUAUUCCCUAACGGGCGAUCAAGAGACCGACACAACGUCCAUCAAGUCAUCGAUAUAUCGUUACCGAGUGGAACAUGGACGACGGUAUCACGCGUACAAGGAUGGCGCCUACUGGGGUCCGAACGAUGAGGAAGCGCAGGAAACUAACGAUUUGGCGCAUCAUGUUAAUCUACUCAUGAUGAAUCAAAGAUUAUAUCUUGCUCCGUUGAAUAAACCUCAGAAAGUCCUCGACGUUGGCACCGGAACCGGUAUCUGGGCAAUAGAUUUCGCAGACCAACACCCCGAAGCCGUGGUCAUCGGCACAGACCUCUCCCCCAUCCAACCACGCUGGGUCCCUCCCAAUCUAUAUUUCGAAGUCGACGACGCAGUCGAGUAUCCGUGGAGAUUCGGCCCUAACACUUUCGACUACAUCCACGUCCGAGACCUCUUCGGAUGCAUUCCCGACUGGCAUCAAUUCAUGCGUCAAUGUCUCGACUGUCUUAAACCAGGUGGAUAUCUCGAAAUCUCCAACGUCAGCGUCUGGGUUGACUGCGACGAUGGCUCGAUUCCCAAUGAUCCGAAUCAUCCGCUCCGUCGCUGGGGUACGGUCUUCCGUGAAGCGGGCCGAGUUACGGGCAAGACGACUGAGAUUCUCGAAACGCAACGCCAAGUAAUGAUGGAAUCUGGCUUCGAAGACGUGCAAGAGGCGCGGUUCAAGAAGGUUAUUGGACCGUGGCCGAAGGAUCCAACUCUGAAAGAGCAGGGUCUGUUCUAUCAAAUUGAAUGUCUCCAGGGGUCCGAGGGAUGGGCGCUCGCGUUCCUGACUCGUGUCAUGAAGUGGGAGAUUGAAGAGGUCAGGAUGUUCUUGGAUGAUUUCAAGGCUUGUGUGAAGGAUAGGCGUAUACAUUCGUAUAGUCCUGUUUCAGUAGUGUGGGGACGGAAGCCAGUGGUUUGAUUAAUGCAGUAUACUGUACGUGCGUGUGAACAGGUAGAUGGUAUUGCUAAGUUAUGACAUAAUGAGCGCUGUAGAAUUAAUUCUGGU